AUUCCUGAUCUACAGACCACUACGAUCUACUUACGACUAGCUAAGAUCUCACAGCUCCGUUCUACAUCUGCUACCUAUCUGAAAUAUACCAUGGCCAAGCAGCAGAUCAGGUACUGUCACUGUGGGUUUCUCUAUCUCAUACUGUGUGUGCAAUAUCUAGAUAGUAGUUUUGUUUUUGUUCAGUGUUAGUAACCCAAGAAAAUUAAGCAUCAGUACAGUUUUCAUAAGGGCAUGCAUUCAUUACAUUUUAUCUAUUUCAAGUGCAUUGAAGUUGUGUGAUAUGCCAAUUUGAACAUAAUCUCAAACUGGUUGCUUUUUCCAGCCUUCCCGCUAAACUGAUUAAUGGUGGUAUUGCUGGCAUUGUGGGGGUUACCUGUGUGUUCCCCAUCGACCUGGUAAAGACCAGGCUACAGAACCAGAGGCAAGGUCAACAGAUCUACAAAAACAUGUGAGUCCUUCACUCUGUCCUCCCUUUUCAUGUCAUGCCGUGUGACUGCAUAGCUAAAUCUUGAUUAGUUUAUUAGACAAUAAUAAUUUUAAUACUCAUAAGAAAUGACUCUAACAGAUGGCGGCAGGUAGCCUAUCAGUUAAGAGCGUUGGGCUAGUAACCAAAGGGUUGCUGGUUCGAAUCCCCAAGCCAACUAGGUGAAAAAUCAAUCUGUGCACUUGAGCAAGACACUUAACCCUAACUGUACCUCCUGUACGUCGCUCUGUAUAAGAGCAUCUGCUAAAUUAUUAAAAUGUAAAAGUUGGUGUUAGUCAAGCACAUAACCACUAUUAUUUUGUAGUUGGCUCCUUAGCUAAGGCGUCAUUACGAUGAAGGUAGUUAGCUACAUCGUUUAGUCAAUUAAGUGAGACUACUUUCUUGCCCGCACAUGCUUUGAUCUCCGCAACGGUAGUAGGUGUGAGGGCAUUGAUGAGCAAGGAAACAUGUGCGGUGUUGUGGUAGCUCAGGGGCGUGUUACUGCGUGGAUGGAAACAGACAUGGCAGAGAGAGCUGUUCCGCUAAUGCUGUCCUUCACAGAACAUGUUUAGACUGUUAAAAGAUUAGUAUGCCUAUGUUAAUUAAUCAGUACUUGAUCUGUCCUCUUGAUAUUGCUGUAUGUCAACAGUAGGCUGCUAAUGAUGUGAUAAUAGUCCGUUCACCACCACUGACAACGAGGCAUGUUGAAUGAAUGGUAGCCUAGUAGUCAGACCUAACUUGAUGGAUGAGGUCAGGGAUGGAGAUCUGAAACAAGCUCACAUAGGCCUAGUUCAGUUGUUUCAUAUUCCAAAUAGCCUACAUCAAGCUAGACUACUAUAUUGCAUCCAUUAAUUGAAUUAUUCCGAAUUUUGUCCCCCAAACAAAAUGAAGAAUCCAGUUUACAUUUUUACUAGACUAUCCACAUGAAGACGCCUAAUUAUUUAGAAUAAUCACUACCCCUAAAUUUAACCUAGAAGAAUGAUUGUCAUUGAGACUACUACCAUUUUUUAUUUAGGAUCAUACACAAGACUUGUGUUGGAUACAAUGUUUGAUAUAGUUUAAGACUCUAGGUUUCAGGAAAUGGCAGUUAGAGGUUUUUCAAACCAUUCAAAAAGCUCCAACUUCCUUCCUGACCUUAGGCCUAAAUCAGCGCCACCUUGUCGGAAAAUCCUAGGGAGAGCCCUGAUUGAACAUUUAAACAUAUUUAUAUUUGGCUACUGAAUAGCAGGCAAUUACCAAAUACCCAUAAGGCUAUAGCCUACCAUUUCUAUUCAGGCAGUCUUUUUGCCAACAUCAUUAUUAGGCUUAAAAGGUGCUCAAGUGGUAAAUUCUUCAAGGUUAGCAGGUCUGCACUAAUAUAUAGGAUGGGCUGUCUUGGUCAGUACUUCAAAGAAUCCGGUUGCCUUUGUGAAAGACUAAUGCCAGGUUUUGAGUCCCGUGUCUGUAACAACUGACUCCCGCCAUUGUCCUAUUCUUCCCCGUUGAGUAAUCCUGAGGAAUGUGCAAGGAGAGAUCAAAUUUCCCUCUGCUCUGUGCACCCAUUCAGCUGGCAUCUCCACUCAAAGCCUUAAGCCCCUUGAUGCUCCUUAGUUCUGUUUUACCUACAGGGGGUAGUAAUGGUACUUGUAUUUACAUAUGCUUUGUUGGAUGAUGUCGCUUUUAAACUGUGUUCAUGAAUUAAUUCGUAGUAAUUAGUUGUGAUAAGUUUCCCUCAUUUGGACAUGUCUUUUCUCUCUUAGGAUGGACUGCCUUGUCAAAACCGUUAGAUCAGAAGGAUACUUUGGCAUGUAUAGAGGUAAGAGUCAUUUCAUUUUUAGUCGUAGUGGUUAUAUACCUAGUCAACAGGGGGUUAUUAGUGAAAUUGCAACAAACUGAUCAGGAUUGAAUUAUUUAUUGACUUAAAGUAUAAGCUGUCAAGUUGCUGUUCAAACACAAUUAAUGCAGUAGUUGCUCAUUACUGAUAGAAAAAACUAUAUUCACAUGUGAUCGUAAAAAUUGAUAGGUUGUGGUGACAAUGUACUGAUGUGAUGUUUAUAUGCAUCCUUCAUUAUGCAAAUUGGUUGUUAAUUCAUGCUCAUUUGUUUUUUAAUUGAAUGAAUGACAAAUGGUAGAAUAUUCUCCAUCAAUUCUUAUAAAAGGAAAUUGACAUAUUUUCAAUUGAUCACAUGAUUGAUGCAGUGUUCAGUGAAAUGCAUUACUAUAUAUAGCCUUACUGAAACUGAAUAUUGUGUGAAACACAUUUAUGAUGGGCAACAUAUAGUGUCUAUUGUGGGGAGGAGGUUGGAGGCCAUUUUAUGGGGCUCCAUUUGUGUGAGGAAAGCUUGUUUUUUUGCAUCUGUGUUUUUCAUAUUACAGACGUGGAUCCCCCUGGGAUAUUGAGAGGCUAGCCGAUAUGGCGCAGCCACGCUGGAGGCAAAUCAUUUAAUGGUUCUUACUACACUGCUCUAUUUCAACUAGGCAAACAAUGUUUUUUUUAAAUGUCCUAUUUGUGAAAUAUUUUGUUCCUUCAUGUCUUCAUACAACUUAAUCUCACCUUUCCUGUCGACUCCUUUUACUUUCUCUGUUCUUUCACCAACACUUGUGACCAUUGACAUUCAGUGUUCUUGUGAAAAUGUAUGUUGUAGUAGUGGCUAAGGCUACCUUCAUUCUCGUCUAUCCAUUCUAGUCUACACCUUAAUCUAAUGUCUUCUUUUCUAAAGAAAUGUUGGUCUUUCUUACAUUAGACUAGCCUAACUUUCUCACUUUGUCUUUUUAAUUUCCCAUCCUCUCUGCAUGCCCUUCUCUAGUGUUCUCUGGUCUCUUCUCUCAUUCAUGUUCUACUUGGUUCUCAUCAUGUUUCUAAUGUUUGAAUGGAACUCAUUAUGUUGACUUGCUUGUGAUGAUUUUUAAGGUUUGACUAAUGGUCAAUUGGUUUAUCUUCAGGUGCUGCUGUGAAUCUGACCUUGGUCACUCCAGAGAAGGCCAUCAAACUAGCCGCAAAUGACUUCUUCCGGCAGCAUCUUAGCAAAAAUGAGUAAGUGACCGUUUACAUUUCAGCCAUUGAAGACAGUAGAUUAAGAGGAAAGGCUGAUUUAGUGGAAUAGAUGUAUAACAACGUGUCCAACUAGUCAUUGACGAGACAUGUCCCACGCUUGCUUUCUAAUCUCUGAUUCUUUGUUGCAGGAAGGGCUUGACAGUGUUUAAGGAGAUGUUGGCAGGAUGUGGUGCAGGCAUGUGCCAGGUUGUCAUUACUACUCCUAUGGAAAUGCUCAAGAUUCAACUUCAGGACGCAGGAAGGCUAGGUAAACAAGGUCACAGUAUUAUCCUGAUUUGAUUGAUGGAAGUUUGUGCAAAUAUAUUCAUGUCUUUUUGUUUUUCUUCCUCCCAGCAGCUCAGCAGAGAAAGCCAGCCACGAUAUCUCCCGCUAAGCUGGCUGCCACCACCACGGUGCUGAGCAGGUCCUACAACGCGGGGCCCAGCACUGAAGCCAGGGCGGUGUCUGCUACCCAGAUCGCCCGGGAGGUUCUGCACACGCAAGGCAUCCAGGGCCUCUACAAAGGCCUCUGGGCCACCCUCAUGAGGUAAGAGCUUGUUACACAUGAAUGUGACUCAUAUGACUUAUUCAUAUGAGUCAAAGGCCUGAAGUAAUUUUUAAUGAGGUGCUGGGCUAGAAAACAAAGAGGUGUGUGUGUGUGUGUGUGUGUGUGUGUUGUAUAUAUAUAUAUAUAUAUAUAUAUAUAUAUAUAUAUAUAUAUAUAUAUAUAUAUAGCUCAGCAAAAAAGAAACAUUCCGUUUUCAGGACCCUGUCUUUCAAAUAUAAUUCGUAAAAGUCCAAAUAACUUCACAGAUCUUCAUUGUAAAGGGUUUAAACACUGUUUCCCAUGCUUGUUCAAUAAAUAAUAAACCAUAAACAAUUAAUGAACAUGCACCUGUGGAACGGUCGUUAAGACACUAACAGCUUACAGACGGUAGGCAAUUAAGGUCACAAACUGCAUGAACGUGCCUUAGGCAUGCUGCAGGGAGGCAUGAGGACUGCAGUUGUAGCCAGGGAAAUAAAUUGCAAUGUCCGUAAUGUGAGAGACCUAAGACAGCGCUACAGGGAGACAGGACGGACAGCUGAUCGUCCUCGCAGUGGCAGACCAUGUGUAACACCUGCACAGGAUCGGUACAUCCGAACAUCACACCUGCGGGAGUAGGUACAGGAUGGCAACAACAACUGCCCGAGUUACACCAGGAACGCACAAUCCCUCCAUCAGUGCUGACUGUCCGCAAUAGGCUGAGAGAGGCUGGACUGAGGGCUUGUAGGCCUGUUGUAAGGCAGGUCCUCACCAGACAUCACCAGCAACAACGUCGCCUAUAGGCACAAACCCACCGUCGCUGGACCAGACAGGACUGGCAAAAAGUGCUCUUCACUGACGAGUCGCAGUUUUGUAUCACCAGAGGUGAUGGUCGGAUUCGCGUUUAUCGUCAAAUGAAUGAGCGUUACACUGAGGCCUAUACUCUGGAGUGGGAUCGAUUUGGAUGUGGAGGGUCCAUCAUGGUCUGGGGCGGUGUUUCACAUCAUCAUCGGACUGAGCUUGUUGUCAUUUCAGGCAAUCUCAACGCUGUGCAUUACAGGGAAGACAUCCUCCUCCCUCAUGUGGUACCCUUCCUGCAGGCUCAUCCUGACAUGACCCUCCAGCAUGACAAUGCCACCAGCUAUACUGCUCGUUCUGUGUGUGAUUUCCUGCAAGACAGGAAUGUCAGUGUUCUGCCAUGGCCAGCGAAGUGCCCGGAUCUCAAUCCCAUUGAGUACGUCUGGGACCUGUUUGAUCGGAGGGUGAGGGCUAGGGCCAUUUCCCCCCAGAAAUGUCCAGGAACUUGCAGGUGCCUUGGUGGAAGAGUGGGGUAACAUCUCACAGCAUGAACUGGCAAAUCUGGUGCAGUCCAUGAGGAGGAGAUGCACUGCAGUACUUAAUGCAGCUGGUGGCCACACCAGAUACUGACUGUCACUUUUGAUUUUGACCCCCCCCCCCCCCCCCCUCUUUGUUCAGGGACAUUUAAUUCAAUUUCUGUUAGUCACAUGUCUGUGAAACUUGUUCAGUUUCUCAGUUGUUAAAUCUUAUGUUCAUACAAAUAUUUACAUGUUAAGUUUGCUGAAAAUAAACGCAGUUGACAGUGAGAGGACAUUUCUUUUUUUGCUGAGUUUAUAUAUAUAGAUGUGUGUGUGUAUACAGUUGAAGUCUGAAGUUUACAUACACCUUAGCCAAAUACAUUUAAACUCAACUCCUGACAUUUUAAUCCUAGUAAAAAUUCCCUGUCUUAGGUCAGUUAGGAUCAAUGUCAGAAUAAUAGUAGAGAUAAUUAUUAAUUUCAGCUUUUAUUUCUUUCAUCACAUUCCCAGUGGGUCAGAAGUUACACUCAAUUAGUAUUUGGUAGCAUUGCCUUUAAUUAUUUGGUAGCAUUGCUUGGGGUCAUUGUCAAUUUGGAAGACCCAUUUGCGACCAAGCUUUAACUUCCUGACUGAUGUCUUGAGAUGUUGCUUCAAUAUAUCCACAUAAUUUUCCUUCCUCAUGAUGCCAUCUAUUUUGUGAAGUGCACCAGACCCUCGUGCAGCAAAGCACCCCCACAGCAUGAUUCUGCCACCCCCGUGCUUCACGGUUGGGAUGGUGUUCUUCGGCUUGCAAGCGUCCCCCUUUUUCCUCCAAACAUAACGAUGGUCAUUAUGGCCAAACAGUUAACUUAAUCCCUCAUUAAAAUGCAAAUCAAUUUAUAACAUUCUUGACAUGCGUUUUUCUGGAUUUUGUUGUUGUUAUUCUCUCUCUCACUGUUCAAAUAAACCUACCAUUACAAUUAUAGACUGAUCAUUUCUUUGUCAGUGGGCAAACGUACAAAAUCAGCAGGGGAUCAAAUACUUUUUUCCCUCACUGUAUGUGUGUGUGUGUGUAUACGUACGUAUGGGUUGGUCUAAUCCUGGACGCCGAUUGGUUAAAACUGCAUUCCGGCCAGUGUCUAUUCCACAAGUUAACACCGUCUACAGCUACAACGUUGAAAUGCCUAUUUACUCUGUUCCAUCAGACUGCGCAAUCCACUGUCUCAUCAGCCCAGCCAGACAAUUUAUGAACUUAAUCUCCACGGAAAAAACAUCUAGACAUUAUCUCCCAUUUCUUUUAGACUAGCAAUUGUUUUUUAAUAGCAGAGAUUUGUAUAAAACUGUCUCUCUGACAUUAGCAACAUUGUUUCAAUAUUGAAAUUGGAUCUCCAGCUGUCCCAUAGUAAAGAACGUGAGGGGUUGGGAGUUAGGACAAGACCGACAAGAAUCAUCAUUUUUAUGGACAUAUACAAAGGAAUGUCAAUAGAAAACAGGCAAAACUAAACAAAAUGCACCUAGUUUGCAGUCUUUCCAGCUUAAGUUUGAAGUGAUUGUGUUAGCUGUGUUGUUGGCUAGCUCCUCUGAACAUCAUUGUCCUGACGAGAGCACACAGUUUCUAUGCCAGGUGAAAUCGUGCAUCAUUAGCUCAUUCUUAUUAAUGUAUCCAAAUGUCACUAGAAAACAGCUUAAACAAAUGCAGCUACUUUGCUGCACUGUUUGACGUGACUAAGUUAGCCGUAGUUGGCUAGCUAGCAAGCAAGGGAUAAGAACGUUGCCAGCCAGUCUCGGGCCUAACACCGUGCCAAUAUAUCCUCCAAACACCGGUUUCUCGGGCAUUAUAAAAUACUUGUUUUGUGUUUCAGAGAUGUUCCCUUCUCCAUGGUCUACUUCCCACUAUUCGCCCACCUCAACCGGCUGGGACAGCCCUCUCGAGAUGAAUCAGCACCCUUCUACUGGGCUUUCUUCUCUGGCUGUCUGGCUGGCUCUACCGCAGCUGUGGCAGUCAAUCCUUGUGAUGGUGAGUCUGGAAUCUCUCUGUUUGUGACCCGCUCUUUAAGCUAGUGGAUGUGUAUUUGGUUUACUGCUGUAGUUCCUGUUAUAACAAGUUCCCGCUCUUUAUUUCAGUUGUGAAAACGAGAUUGCAAUCUCUAAACAAAGGCGCCAGUGAGGAGAGCUACAACGGUGUGGUUGACUGUGUCAGGUACAGAGUCAGUCUUUUAUCACUUGUAUUUUCCUGCCUUUGAUCUUUUUGCAACUUCACAACCAGUGAGGUGUAUAACAAAUGAUUUACACACAUUCCUGCAAUUCAAGCAGUGUUGAUUUAUUUCCUGUCUCCUGGCAGUAAGAUCAUGCGUAAGGAGGGUCCCUCUGCCUUCCUGAAGGGAGCAGGCUGCAGGGCGCUGGUCAUCGCUCCUCUCUUCGGCAUCGCACAGGUCAUGUACUUUAUUGGCAUCGGAGAGUUCAUCCUGGACCUGUCACCUUUCAACUAACUACCUGUCUGCAUGAGAUUAGCAAUCCUGCCAGGCUGUGCAUUGGACUCUCGCACGUCAGAUGAAGAAGUAUCUCAGAAAAAGACUGGCAGCUAUACACCAUCAGUAUAUAUUACAGAAAAUAAACCCAAGUAAGACUGAGGUGUCAGAGCUUUGGAGCCUGGAAAAAACUGAAAAAAGCAUUCUGUAGUUCUUGACUUCCUGUAUGGUCUAACGGCUGUACUGCACUUCCUCCAAAUGUUUUCCUGGCUUAUUUAAUGGGCUGUGACCAACGUUUGCACUUGAAAGUGCCAGUUUGCUGAACUGGGGACCGAGAACUGCAGCAGUGGCUCUGGCUGGGGAGUCCUUCUGGUUCCUCUUUGUGAGGGAGGUGGGGACCACUUCAACACAACCAACGACUGAAGGCAUUUUCAUGCCUUUUUAAUUUUUUUUAUUCAUUCAUUGUUGGUCUGAAAAACCCUUGGGGGGAUAAUUUAAGAUUCCGCUUUUGUGCUGUUGGUUGAAUGCAAUAGUAUGGAGUAAAGAGAUUUUGUGUGGGU